AUGCGGCCGUUCGUGGCCGGGCAGGCCCCUGCACGGUGCGCGGGCGCUCGGCUGCAGCAGCCAGUCACCAGAACGGUCCUGGCGCGUGCAGGGCCGGACCCGACCGGCGCGCCGGCGCGCAGGAGUACGUCCAUGCCCCCAGAGGCGCGGUUGCGGGAACAGUUCGCCUCACCCGCGUCGACACCAGGAGCCACCGAGCGCCCCGGCAGCGGGCGGGCCACGCGCGCCCGCCGCGCACCGGGCACGUACAACGGCACUCCCCCUCCCCGGACAACAACCACUAGGACCAGGAGCCCUGGACCCGCGCCACGCAACGGCACAACCACCGCGCUCGUGCGCGCUCCAGGCCAGUCGCGGCGCCCCGCGCGGCCGGCCCGCGGCGACACCGCCGUCACCCUCAAGCGCGACGACGUCGCCGGGAAGGAGGUCGUCACGCGCCGCACCGGCCGCAAGCUCGGCACCGUCACGGAACUGCGGAUCGACCCCCGGUCCCUCCGCGUCCGCGCCCUCGGCCUCAAACCCUCCGGCGUCGCCGCCGCACUCGACGUGCGCGCGCCGCCGGCGAGCUGGGUUCCGUGGGACGCGGUGCGCCAGGUCGGCGACGUGGUUCUUGUGGACAGCGAUGACGACGUGCUGCGCGGGUGGGUGCCGCGGCCGGGGCGCGAGGAGGUGCUCGAGGGCCGCGCGGUGAUGACGCGGUCGGCGCUGACGCUCGGGAGGGUCCGGAGCGUCGAGUUCUCGCCGGACGACGGCAUGGUGAGGGGAGUGUUGUUUGACCCCCUCGGGAUCCCCGCGAUCCCGAAGGAGGUGUUCGGGGUGUACCGGCUGCCGGCGACGGACGUCCUGCGCGUCGAGGCGCAGUCGGUGAUCGUCGACGACGACGGCGCGCUUUACCAGGAACAGAUCACGCAAGGCAUCCUCGAGGCCCUCGGGGCGUGGUGGACGGCUUCGGCCGGUGUCGAGGACCCCGCGACCACGGAGUUCGCCGCCGGCCUGACGGGGCGCGCGCCGCGGCAGCUGUCGCCGGAGCAGCAGGCGUGGGUCGCGUCGCUCCUGGACUGGAUGGACGCGUCGGGUUCGGACCUGGAGGCGUAUGAGCGCAUGUACUACGGGCGUCCGCUGCCGCCUGACAUGCGCGCGGCGGUCGAGGCGGCGGUCGCGGCACGGCGCGCGCCGGGGCGGCGUGCGGCCGCGCUGCCGCCGCCGGCGGGCGGAGCUUCGCGGACGCGGUCGGGGGCGGGGCGCGGGCUGCGCCGCAGCGCCGGGAGGCGCCGGCGGCGGCCGCGAGGGAGCGCGUGGGCGGGAGGCGGUUCGACGACUUCCUGGACGCGCAGGAGCCGCGGCGGGAGGUGGUGCUGGACGGGGACGACGGCUGGGGGCCGCCGCGGCGGCGGGAGGCUGGCGGGCGGUGAGGGGUGCGGUGACGCGGGGAGCGGUCGCGGGAUGUGA